AUGAUGGCCAAGGCGAAAGUGAGUAUAGAAUGGAAGCGGAGGGUGAAGCAAGAAUAUCUGCGUUUGAGACAACAAAAGAGGUACAAGAGGGCCGAUGAGGUCAAAGUGGCUUGGAACCAAAACCGUCACAAGAUGUCCGAUAUCCUUAUUGAAGAGCAAACCCGGUGGUCCGACAGCAAAGCCUUCUGGGUUUUGACGCCCGAAUUGCCACCCCAUGUAACGUGCAUGAAGAAAGCGGAAGUGAUUGGUAAUGAAGGUAAAGAAUAGUCACACUUCUUGCAUGAUUCUUCCCACUGUGAGAAUGUUGGUUUAGGUGAUGUUCAGGUAGCAGCUAUAAAGAUUAUCAAUGCUGUUACUCCAAUACCAACCAUGUACACUUGGGCCCCCAUCCAGCAAAAUUUCAUGGUGGAAGAUGAGACUGUUCUGCACAAUAUCCCAUACAUGGGGGAUGAAAUUUUAGACCAGGAUGGGACAUUCAUUGAAGAGCUUAUUAAGAACUAUGAUGGCAAGGUACAUGGGGAUAGAGAAUCUGGUUUUAUAGAUGAUGAAUUGUUUGUGGAGCUGGUUCACUCACUGAUGCAAUACCAAGACAAGGAAAAAUCAGAAAAGAAGAAAGAAGACAAGGAGAAGAAAGAGGACAAGGAGAAGAAAGAGGACAAAGAAGAAAGAGGAUAAAGAGAAGAAGGAAGAUAAAGAGAAGAAAGAAGAUAAAGACAAAAAGGAUGAGAAGGAUAAGAGAGACAAGGAGGACAAAAAAGAUGAAAAAGAGAGGAAGGAAGUAGAAGAGAAGUCAGAAGAAGAGCCUAAGGAAAAGAAGAAGGAGCACUUGGAGUUUCCCACCUUUGUAAUUUUUCAGGCCAUUUCUCUGCAGUUUCCUGAUAAAGGAAAUCCUGAAGAGUUGAGGGACAAAUAUGUUGAGUUGACAGAAAGAACAGAUCCAAAUGCUCCACCAGAAUGUACUCCAAAUAUUGAUGGACCCAAUGCAUCUUCUGUUCCUAGAGAGCAAACUUUGCAUUCUUUUCAUACAUUGUUUUGUAGGAGAUGUUUCAAGUAUGAUUGUUUUUUACACAGGUUGCAAGCUUGUCAUCCUGGUCCAAAUUUGCAGAAAAGGAGGGGCCCUGAUCUGAAACCGUUCACAGAAGCCUGUGGUUCUGAAUGCUACUUGGUUUUGGAAAUUGUGAAGGAAAAAAUGGCGGCCAGGGCCAAGCAGGAGGAAGAAUGCGAAAAGGAGACCAAGGGGAAAGUUAUGAAGCCUGCAGAAACGGUGGAAAUCAAGUCGAACGGCGUGAAUAAUCCUAGGAAAAUAUGCAAACAGCAGAGCGUCGAUUCGGGCAACGAGGCCAGCUCUGAAGACAGUAACGACAGUAACAAAUACAAAGAAUCAGAUGGUACCGAUCCAGUAUUGACAACUACCUCAUUCAGCUUGCUGGGACUGUUAGGAGCGAACGAUCACAAAGAGUGGACGGGCUCUGACGAGAGUCUGUUCAGGGCUCUACACAAAGUGUUCCUCAAUAACUAUUGUGCCAUUGCUCAGAUCAUGCUAACCAAAACCUGCCAACAAAUCUACCAUUUCGCUCAGAAGGAGGCGGCCGACAUUCCUGCAACUGAGACUGCGCGCGAUUACACGCCGCCUAGCAAAAAAAAGAAGAAGCAUAGAUUGUGGUCGAUGCACUGCCGUAAAAUCCAGCUGAAGAAGGACUCCAGCAGCAAUCACGUGUACAAUUUCGCGCCCUGCGACCACCCCGGUAGGAACUGCGACCACGAGUGUCCCUGCAUCGGGGCGCAGAACUUUUGCGAAAAGUUCUGCCAGUGCAGCUCGGAUUGCCAGAACAGAUUCCCCGGCUGCCGAUGCAAGGCCCAAUGCAACACCAAACAGUGCCCCUGCUACUUGGCGGUGCGCGAAUGCGAUCCCGACCUCUGCCAAACCUGCGGCGCCGAUCAGUUCGACAGCUCCAAGAUCACCUGCAAGAACGUCAGCGUCCAACGGGGACUGCACAAACAUCUUCUGAUGGCUCCCUCGGACGUCGCGGGAUGGGGCAUAUUUCUGAAGGACAGCGCUCAGAAGAACGAGUUCAUUUCCGAGUACUGCGGCGAGAUCAUUUCUCAGGACGAGGCGGACAGACGAGGAAAGGUGUACGACAAGUACAUGUGCAGUUUCCUGUUCAACCUGAAUAACGAUUUUGUGGUGGACGCGACAAGAAAAGGCAACAAAAUCAGGUUCGCCAACCAUUCCAUCAAUCCGAAUUGCUACGCCAAGGUGAUGAUGGUGAACGGCGAUCACAGGAUCGGUAUUUUCGCGAAGAGGCCCAUCCAGCCAGGAGAAGAGCUCUUCUUCGAUUAUAGAUAUGGACCGACUGAACAACUGAAGUUCGUUGGUAUAGAGAGAGAAAUGGAGUUCUUGUAA